AUGACCGUAACCUGGAUAACUGGUCGCGAGAUGUAUUCUAAUUGGAUCACGCCUGGGUCAUUUCUGUCGGGAGGGAAGGCAACCCAAGAGAUCGAGGAGCAAGAUUGGACAGAGUCAGCAAGGCCCCGAUAUGCCCGUCCAUCGGCUAUGGACCCCAUAUAUCUCCACGACGACAGCGACGAGAGGCGGCAAUUACCGCGAAAAUUGCCAAUCACCAGUGGUUCUUGA